UGGAGUCUCUGGACCCUGAGCAGAGACAGCAGGUGGAGACAGAGAACCAACUCACUUCCUGGUUUGUGAUUUUAGGGAUGUUGAGGUACCUCAGCCGCUUCAGCUCCAUGACGCCGCCUGCUGGUGGUGUCAGGUGUGACCUGCUCUCAGGCCUGUUUCCAGGUGUUGGUCAGUGUUUAUCAGACUGUUUGUUCUCUGGCUGAUAUCACACUGCUUCACCUGGAACAAUGCUCCACCCCUGAACUGACCACCUUACACAAAUACACACACACCUGAGCCUCACUCGGAACAGUGACCAACAGUAUUUAGUAACUUCAGACACUGGCAGACUCUCGGCUGAUUCUUCAGGCUCUCACCGGACUCGACUCACGAUGACGAGCGCGGCAGCGGACCUCGCCAGGAGGAAGGCCCGGGAUGAGAAUGGUGUCGGCAGCCGGGCCAACGCCGUCCCCUUCAACAAACAGGACUUUGAGCAGUUGCGUAGCGAGUGUCUUAAGACUGGCUCGCUCUUCUGUGACACCACCUUCCCCGCCACCUGGGACUCUCUGGGAUACAACCAGCUCGGACGCUACUCGUCCAAAACCAUCGGCGUGGAGUGGAAGCGACCGUCGGAGCUGUGUUCUGAUCCUCAGUUUAUUGUUGAUGGAGCAAAAAGAACCGACAUAUGUCAGGGAGCUCUGGGUGACUGCUGGCUGUUGGCUGCCAUCGCCUCUCUGACUCUGGACUCUCAGAUUCUGAGCAGAGUGGUACCUCCCGCUCAGAGCUUCACGUCUCAGUACGCCGGCAUCUUCCACUUUCAGCUGUGGCAGUACGGAGAGUGGGUGGACGUAGUUGUGGACGACCGGCUGCCGACCAGAGACGGGAAACUGCUGUUUGUCCACUCAGCUGAGGGAGGAGAAUUCUGGAGCCCCCUGCUGGAGAAGGCCUACGCCAAGUAA